AUGAAGUUCACCUCCAUUCUCCUCACCCUCAGUGCCUCGGUCACUCUUGUCUCGGCAGGCGACUACUAUUGUCCCUUUGCGCAGGAUAACUCGGGGAUGAUCCAGCAGCCGUAUUGCUGUGAUGGGUUCACGGAUUCGGAGGGAGGGUCGGUGGCGAAGGAGGGGCAGAAUUGCCAGUCGAUGACUACGUGGGUGGAUGAGUGUCCUAAGGGUGGUUCGGUUAAGUGUUGUUAUACUAUUGGCCCGGUGUAUAUCUGUACUGCGGAGGCGGAGCAGAGUGAUGAUUAG